AUGUUUCAACGAACUGAAGCAGAAGAUGCGUGCGAAGGGCUUCUCAGCAGCGAUACGAAGAAGCGGCGUUCGCUAACGCUGGAUGCUCGCUGGUGUUCGACAGUACUCUGCUUGUCCUUGUUUUCUGCAAUUGUCGGAUCUUUGAUUGGACGGCGAAUCCAGUCGUCGAAUUCAGACCGCGUAUGCUUCAAGCACACAUCGAAGAGCUCACCUCUGCAGGAUGAUAUUGAAGUUUCGUGGCACGAGGUCGUAUUCAAUGGAUCGUUGCUGAAGGAGAACGUCUAUCGGCAAGAUGCGGGACCAGAGGUGGACAGCGCAUGGGAGGAGCUCGGGAUUAAUUAUGACAGUAUUCUGGUUCCGCCCGAUGUGGCUGGCCAUGUUGGACUGCGUGAAGAUCAAGUCAGAGCGAAGGUGAAAUAUGGUGGAGGCUUCAUCGCAAAUGUCGAAGGACUGCACCAUCUGCAUUGUCUAAAUCUACUUCGGCAAGCGUUGCAUUGGAAUUUCGAUUAUUAUCAUGCUCGUGCUGAAGGGGCGUUCUUGAAUGAAGAUUUUAUCUUGAAGAAGCAUGUCACUCAUUGUCUCGACAUUCUUCGGCAGCAGUUGAUGUGCAGUGUCGACGUUGGAGUAAUGGGUCAGGUGUGGUUCCGGCCCUCUCCUGGGAAGCCUCCAGAAGCAUUCGUCGACUUCAAUACGAAGCACAGGUGUAGAUACUUCGAAGCCAUUCGAAAAUGGGCAUACGAGCAUCAGAUUGAACAGCCCAGCCCUUCCGACUUGCUGGAGCCCCCACAGAUCGGCGACAGGAUAUUCGAUGAAGUUCCUUGA